UUCAGAUGAAAGUAGAUGCCUUGACAUGGGGAAAUUAGACACACAUUGAAUUUUCCUUGGUGUUUUAUGUUUUGCUGUACUUGUGCUGCUUAAAGCUAAUACUGAAUUGUAGGAUAGAUUUUGUUAUCUGACAGAUUUUUGCUUGUAUUUACUGAGGCAAACAGUUUGUGACACCAAACACUGUGUUCACUCUUUCUUAUAUUCUUGGGUUUUGUUGUUUUGGGCUUUUUUUUUUUUUUUUUUUCUUCCAUUCUUGGAGGAUGGGUCUGUUUGCCACUGUUUGGAUUUUUGUUGUUGCUUGCUGCAAUGUCUAGAGCAAAGAGAUCAGAAGACUGGUUGCUAAUGCAGUAUAAAUUUAAAAUAGCCCUGCGCUGAAUAGUGGAUGCCAUGCAGCCCUGGCUUGAAAACAUCACUGAUGGAGAAUCAAACCUUUUUCUUAAAAGUUUGCUUCCAUGAUUACUUAUCUUCAUUUUUUAGUCUUCAAGCUUUAGAAAAGAUUGCUCUAAUUCUAUCAAUAAAAUGGAUAUUGAUAGAAAAUGAACAGCUGGUAUAAGCAGAAAAGUACAACCAGAAAUCUAGACAUGGCCAGAGACGAAAUAGUGUUAUACCUUGGCUUGGUGGAUGAGGAAUACGCAGGCUGAACUGUAAAACAGCAUUGAGGUUGGGACUGUUCUGAGAACCUUUCCUGACUGUAAAUCAGCCAACACGGGUUGUCACUUCUGUGAGUGCAAAGAAACUUUCCUGUGGUGGGAAUUUCACUGUUCAUUCCAAAUGGUGGAGAAUCAGGCCUGGGAGGAGUGAGUUCCUAAAGAAAUAGAAUGCCUUCUCAUGUGAAGGAUGGAUUUCUGGGCAAGAAAACAGCUGUCUAUGUCCAGUUUGCAGAAGGCUUCUCCAGAGCCGCUUUCUCGGCUAGUUGGAAUUGUUUCUUUAGUACAUUCAGAGCUCAUCACGAAAGGAUCACACAGAAUGAAUCCUGUGAGCAAAGGUAAUUGGCACUGUACCAGCUAAUGCUGCAGCCUUGUAUGUCAGGAAGAGCCUUUGUGGGAGCGUGUUUCAGUAGGAGGAGUUCAGACUUUUCCCAGCAUGUUCCAGAGCCCAUCUCUCUCAGCUCAGAAGCCUUGGAAGGACUACGCAGCGCAGCCUUCUCCUUUCUCCCAGGCUUGGGAAACAUACAGCUCUGAACGUGGGAGAAAACAGGGUUACCUGUCGAUGUGUAUUAAUUUGCUUCUCCCAGAAAACAACUAUGAUCCUGAGAAAUUUCACCUGAAGUAAGAUGAAGAAUUUGAGGACCAAAGGAACUAAGAGCCUUCUAUAAAGUCACAGAGUUUACAACAAAGAAGUUUGAACGAAAGCCGUUCAAGUCCUAGAUCUCUAAGAAGGCCUUAUCCAGAAAUGUCAUAGAAGACAAAUAGUAACCAGAGGUCUCAGAGCAAGGAUAAUCCUGGCUGUAAAACUGCCCCUUGCUGCUGCUGCUGUGGCAGUGUUGGUGAUGUCACCGCCAGAGAAAUUCUGACUCCAGAUUCUAGUUGCGGGUUCUGCACAUAUGAAAACCUAUCCUUUAGUGUGCGAACUUCAUAUGAGGAACUUCAGUCCUGAUUUACAGAGAUGUUCAUUUGCUGAAAAUGCUGACUGGUUCCUGAUAGAAUUUUACAAAAGCAUUAAGGAGGCCAUUGUGGAUGUCUCUAAUUGUUCUUCUUGUUGCCUGAAACCUCUGUAUCUAUCCAACAAGUCUAAAUGCUUUGUGGAGGGCACUCAGUGUAUCACAAACUAGAACAUUAGCACCAACAAGCUCCAAAGCAUCACCACUCUCUGGAAAGCCUCCCGAAUUAGACAAGAGCUACCUCUCAGCACAGCUGCAAAACACUUUAAACCUGACCAGCUAGAUGGAUAAACCUGUCCGGCAUAGCUUUUAAACUGGGGUCUUGCACAGCACAGAAGGCCUGCUUGCUUCGAGAACUGGAAAGCUGAAGGAUGGAUUGCUGUGUCUGGGAAUGGCAAAAGGCAGCAGAAUGAGAAAUGCUAGGGAACUUUGUGGGGGCUACUGGCAUGCACGCUGGAUGGCGGCGAUGCGAGUGGCAACCGUGCUGUGACAUGAAGAUUCUGAUGGUUUAGAGAAAGGAGACCAGUUUUAAAAAGCAAGAGAGAGGCAGAGGGAAAGCAAAAAGGAAAGAGAGAGAAGAAAACAGCUGGGGAGAGGAAAAGGAGGACGUUUUUUGAUGACAAAAGGAUGGGUUUCCAUUUGAUUAAACAGCUGAGAGGUAUGAGUGUGGUGUUAGUGCUACUUCCUAUGGUGCUGUUUGUUAUGCUUGCGGGGGCUCAGCGAGCUUGCCCCAAGAACUGCAGAUGCGAUGGCAAGAUUGUGUACUGCGAAUCUCAUGCAUUCAGAGACAUCCCUCAGAAUAUUUCUGGAGGGUCCCAAGGCUUAUCGUUAAGGUACAACAGCAUUCAGAAGCUUAAAUCGAAUCAGUUUGCGGGCCUGAAUCAGCUCAUAUGGCUUUAUCUUGACCAUAAUUACAUCAGCUCUGUGGAUGAGGAUGCAUUUCAGGGGAUCCGCAGGCUGAAGGAAUUAAUUCUAAGCUCCAACAAAAUUACGCAUCUGCACAACAAAACAUUUCACCCAGUCCCCAACCUCCGUAAUCUGGACCUCUCUUACAACAAGUUGCAGGUGUUGCAGUCUGAGCAGUUUAAGGGCCUUCGUAAACUCUUGAUCUUGCAUUUGCGGUCCAACUCACUGAAAACAGUGCCAAUCCGAGUUUUCCAAGAUUGCCGAAACCUUGAUUUUUUGGAUUUGGGCUACAACCGCCUGCGGAGCUUAUCUCGCAAUGCUUUUGCUGGCCUUUUGAAGUUGACGGAGCUCCAUUUGGAGCACAACCAGUUUUCUAAGAUCAAUUUUGCCCACUUUCCACGCCUCUUCAACCUUCGCUCCAUUUAUUUGCAGUGGAAUAGGAUCCGGUCUAUUAGCCAAGGGUUAACAUGGACUUGGAGUUCCUUGCACAACUUGGAUUUAUCAGGAAAUGACAUCACAGGGAUAGAGCCCGGGACGUUCCAGUGCCUCCCCAACCUGCAGAAGCUGAACCUGGAUUCCAACAAACUCACCAACAUCUCUCAGGAGACCAUCAAUACAUGGAUCUCACUCAUCUCCAUCACUCUGUCUGGAAAUAUGUGGGAAUGUACUCGAAGCAUUUGCCCACUGUUUACUUGGCUUAAGAAUUUCAAGGGAAAUAAAGAAAGCACUAUGAUAUGUGCAGGCCCUAAACAUAUGCAGGGUGAAAAGGUGAGUGAUGCUGUGGAAACAUACAAUAUCUGUGCUGAAAUCCAGGUGGUGGUUACUGAGAGAUCAUAUCAGGCACCUAAAACUGCCCAGAGACCUGUCUUUAUUCCUAAACCAACCAUUUCCAAACUGGAAAGCAAUCAACCAACGUCUGUUAUGCCAACCACUUUUGCAGACCUCCCAACACCUGGAGUGGAACCAGAGUAUGAGCAUGUUUCCUUUCACAAAAUAAUUGCUGGGAGCGUGGCCCUCUUUCUUUCUGUGGCCAUGAUUUUGUUGGUUAUCUACGUGUCAUGGAAGCGUUAUCCAGCCAGCAUGAAACAGCUCCAGCAGCACUCUCUCAUGAAGAGGCGAAGGAAAAAGGCCAGAGAGUCUGAAAGGCAAAUGAACUCCCCUUUACAGGAGUAUUAUGUGGACUACAAGCCAACAAACUCUGAGACCAUGGAUGUAUCAGUUAAUGGAUCCGGGCCCUGCACAUAUACCAUCUCUGGCUCCAGGGAAUGUGAGGUACCUCACCACAUGAAGACUUUACCUUAUUACAGUUAUGACCAACCAGUGAUCGGAUACUGCCAAGCUCAUAAGCCUCUCCAUGUAAAUAAGGGGUACGAUACCAUGUCCCGGGAGCAGGCUGAGACAACCAACCUGGAACUCAGUCGAGACCACAGCUUCAUAGCUACAAUUGCGCGUUCGGCUGCUCCAGCCAUUUACAUUGAGAGAAUACCAAACUAAUGAUGGAGACAACUUCUUCAGGGGGCGGAGUGGGGAGUUCUUUUGAGGGACUUUUCAUCUCAGAAGAGACCAGGGCAAGAAAUUAAAAUCGACCAUUCCAGUUACAAACGUUCCAACACAAAGGGAAUGGGAUAAAGCAAACUCCGCAGACUGUGGAAAUGCAGUACUCACUGAGAACAUCAGGAUUUUCUUUGCUUUAAACUUUCAAACAAAUUCCUCAAUGUAAAUAUUAAAGAGAGAUUGUCAAGUUCUUAUUAAAAAAAAUAGAUUUCACUCUAGCUACAUAAAGGGAUGGAUUAAGA